AUGAGUUCCCAGCGAGCGAAACUUAUAUUAAAGUUAGCAAAAACCAAAGCAAGAGUAGAGAAGAAAGAGAAUGGUGCGCAGGAUAGUUGGAAAAUUUCGCAGCAUAAUAAUAUUGGCAAUACCAGCAGUACUGCAGAGGAAGCUGUUAAUAGCGUCACGGUCAAUAAAGAGUCCCUAAACAUGAUUGAAAGUAAUAAUAUCCGCAAUAGUUUAAAAGAAGCCAAAAAUGCAACCGAAGAUAAGAAUAAUAUAGAGUCUGUAAAUCAGAUCGAUCUGCCAAGCCAAAACGUUAUCUCCCAAACGACAAUCAUUCCUGGUAUCAUCUUUGAUGAGAGUUCAGAAGAUAUUGGAGGUGUUACAUUAAUAAAUAGAACUCGAUCUCAGGGCUUACUUAGAGCGGAUGAAUAUGAAGAAUUCCCUAGCAGUAAUGGUCCUAGCAGUGAGCUAAUAGAAGAAGAAGCCACUUCUUCUAAAGUAUUUUCUGUUGAACCUGCAAUUCAAACAGAUAACAAUUCAAGUAGUAGGUCCUCAAGUGAUUCGGACCCAACCAGUUCUGAAGAAGAACCUUUUGGUUCUGGUGCUUCAGAAGAAGAUCCUGAUUUUGAACCAGAAAACAUAUUGUCUUCCAGUGAAUCCGAAGUAGAUGGUAUACCUCAAAAUGUAGCUUUACCAAUACGUCGUUCAGUGCACUAUCCUUCUGAAACAGAGAAGCAAACUAAAAAGCGAAAAAGAGUCCCAGAUGAAUGGCAAAAGAAUAAAGCGAAACGUCUUAGAAACACAGGUAAAAGUUAUGAAUCCAUUAGAAAAAUCAAGAAAAGUGAUGGAAGUAUCGAACGGAUGAAAAUAAAAAUGGACCUAAACAAGAUAAAUGAAAUUGCAGCUACGGGCUACACGAGUAAGCCGAAAAAGAGCCUGUACGAGCUACCGCUUAACCAAUACCAGACUGUACUUUCAAUAAGAAUCGUACAAGGACGUUUUGGACAGGUGCCGUUGGUGGAGCUACAACAUUUUGUAGUGUUUCUACCAGGGAGAGCGACGGAAGUGAUCAUCGAAAACCUAGAAAAUUUUACUCCGGGACGUUACGCAAUUGCGUAUACAGGCAGCGUGGCCAGCUCUUUCGGAGAUAAUCAAGUUCACCAUUUUAAGCUUAAGGAUCUACACGAAUAA